AUGGAUAUGUACGCCAGGGCUCAGGGAAAUCGAAUGAAACCAAGAAUAUCUGUGAAAAAGAGUUUUGGUGAAGGUGUACUGCGCUCUAUGAAGUCACUGCUACACAGCAGAAAAGAGUUAUGCAGUGUAUCAGCAGACGAAUGUCUAAAUCGGGAUGAACAAGAUAAUUUUAUUGAGAUUACAUUUAUAGGUUUUGCUGAAGAGAUGGGCACUGCUCAUUUGCAGGAGUUGGCAGCUGUUUCUACAGAGCUCCCAGAUGUUGUGAAAUCGCUCCAGUUGUGCAAACUAAAAGAAAAUGAGGUUAUAUUUCUAAAAGAUGUAAAGAAAACCUUGGCAAAACCUUAUGUCAUGAAACAUCAGAAUCAGCUUCCUGAAGUAUUUUGUGUGAUGAGACUGUCUCCUUCAUUCCCAAGGAUCAAAGUUGAUUAUAUAUUUACCUUGCUGAGCAAGUAUACCACAGGCAUAAGAUAUGCAGUGGAAAUAAACUCAUCGCAAAAACAUCAAACAGAGACAUCCCAUGGAGAAGAUGAUGACACUAAUCAGUCAGUUUCUUCAAUUGAGGAUGAUUUUGUCACUGCUUUUGAACACUUAGAUGAAGAUGAACCUUCAAAGAUACAAAGUGCUGGUGCAUGCAGCUUUACUUCUCGAAACCAUCGAGAUGCUGCUUCACAGACCAUCCCUGCUCAAUGUUUAGAAGCUGUUGACUCAAAGAUCCUUGUGGGUUCUGCACGUCGAAAGUCAUCUGCCAGAUCUUCUACUUUGAUUGAUAUUUUGGGACUUAAGGAACUGUCCUCAGUAAAAAAUUCAGUUACAACCUCAAUUUCUGAUCCUUGGAUACAAAGGAGUUUCUAUAAGCCAUAUAAUCCUUCUGAUCAAGGUGUUAAUUUUUUACGUAAAACAUUGUUUUCCUCCUCUCCAGCUGAAUCCUCUGAAUCAGAUUGCUCCAGCCCAAGCCCCAUCAUCUUCUUAGAUGAAGAAGGGUAUCAAAAAAGCUUGAAGGCAAAACUUCAGCUGCCAAAAAUUCCAGUAAUGAAAGAUGGUAUAGAGGAUUCAGACUCAGAAGUAAGUGAAUUUUUUGAUAGUUUUGAUCAGUUCGAUGAGCUGGAACAAGCCUUGGAAAACUCUUGUAAAGUUAUUAGGGAUCCCAUCCUAGGGAAUCCCUCCCAGAAAAGGAGGACUGCACAUGAACAAUUGUCUUCUGCAAGCAUUACAAUGAAUCCUCAGAAAUUCAAGUUUGAUCGUCCCACUCUCCCAGCCAAUGUAAAGAAACCAACUCCUCGUAAACCAGAAUCACCAUAUAGCAGCGUCUUUGAUGUCCCGGAUUCUCCUCGCCCAGUUAAAACAUCAGGGGAAGAGAACGGAGUCUUGUUCAGCCCUAUUAGGUCAUCGGCUUUCAGUCCGCUAGGGAGCUGUGGUUCUUCUGAAUGUUUAUGUCGUGUUAAUCUUGGUGGAGAUGGGACAGGUCAAAAUCACCAUGAUGCAGUUUAUAAUAGUUAUUCAGCAUACGCUGAUAGUGUUUCAUUUGAAAUAUUGGGUUCUGUUUUUCAUUCUGAGUCCUCAUCAGAACAAGUAUGUGUAGGAAAUGAUUCGAAACACAAAGGGAGUGCUUUGAAAGAGAAAAAAGGUCAAGGUGCAGAUCUCAAAAUGAAAACUGGUAAGGAGCCAGGUAAACAAGCAAAAUCUAAACACAAGUCAUUAAUGAUUAGAGAUAGCAUUCAAAAAUUUGCAACUGAAUUAGUUGAAAAAAGUUUUGGCAGUGCAUUUAAAGACCUGCAAAAAGGCGUUUCUUCAUGCACGAAUGCACUUUGUCAUUUAGCUGCUAGGUUAACUUUCGGAAGACGUAGAGCAAUCUCCCUGAAGGAGCGUGCCAUUAAUGGGAUAGCAAGCUUUUUGGUGAGUGAAGCUAUAACUGGUGCUUUGAAAGAACUGCGGCACGUAAAGAAACAAAUAUUUACCAACACGGUUGCACGGUUUGCGGCAGACCUUGCUGAAGAACUUGUGUUUGAAGGAAUCAUGGAAGUAUGCCAGUUUUCGUAUCCAUCAACACCUACAGCUGCACAGCCUUCAUCAUUUGAUUAUGAAGACAAAGUGGUGAGAUCCUAUGCCAGAGAUUUGUCUGAAUCUGUCAUUCAGGAGGCUUUUAUUGAACUAUCUCAGGUUGAUGUGACCUUCACAACACAAGCAGCCAUUAGUGUUUCCAUGGACAACAUUAAAUAUGUGAGCGCAGAAAGUAUGUUAGAGUCAACACGGACUUCCACAGUUUUUCCUAAUUUUAAUGAUAAGGUAGCACUGAAGCCAAUCCAAGAUUCCAAGAAGGAAUAUACAGUACAACAAGCUCUGUUUUGCACCUCUGGGGUUGUAAGUUCAAUACCUGUGCCCUUAGCUGGAAGAGCUCUUUGUCAACAUCAGGUUUCCUCUGAUGCCUGUAAAGCAAAAGUAUCCACUGCUCCGAAUUCUGAUGACAGUAUGAAAAUAUACAAAGACCCUACUCAUCCAUUUUUCACAAGCAGAAAGAGAGAGGAGGAAGUUGCUUCUUUCAGAAAUAUAUACUUAACUUCAGAUCACAGUCAAAGUGCUGAAAAUACUCCAUCACUCUUACAUAACCAAAACGAUACCAAACAAACAAAUAACAGAUCUGGAAUGAACAAUAAUUCAGAAUUAACAAGUGGGUCAAAAGGCAUUAAUACUUUCUCUGGAACUAUGGUAGAUAUGAUAGUAAAUGAAGCUUAUGAAGCCAUAACUUCAUCUAGAGUAACAAAAGCAGUAGAAGAGUAUACAGAUUUUUUCACAAGAAAGAUAAUAGAUAAAAAACCUUAUGUGCAAUGUAUUGGUGAAGAUUUACCCAAGAAUGUGUUUGCAGAUCACUUGGCCAAGUAUGUCGUAAAACAAUCUGUGGAUGAAAGUAAAGCUGUAUUGUGCAACACUAGUGAGAAGUUAGCUUGUAAUGUGACCUCACAGACUUACACAGAUAUCAGUAGGAAAGAACAAUGUGUGAUAAAGAAGCAAGAGGCUGAGAAACAAAGUAAUGUUUCUAUAAUUGUGGAACAACAACAGAUGCCUUUGAAUAAUCCAUGUAAAUUUCUUCUUACUCCAACUCAUUCUGUUCAGUGUUUUUCAGAAUCUAAAGAUUGUUGGCUGGAACAAAAAGGACACAGGUUUUCUUCAAAAUCACCGCCUCCUUGUUCCACUGUGACGUUUGCUAGGCAUGUUGUAGAGGACUUUCCUGACACAGGAAGCUGCUCAAUAACAUACUUAAACAAGCCCUCAAAAACUCAUGAUACUCAGAAACCAUCAUCAGGACUUUUGACUUAUAGGCAGGCUGAUUGUUUUCUGCAUGCAAAUAGCUUUUCUUCAGUGAUGUUUGGCAGUGAAGAUGCUUUGCAGAUGGAAGAUAAAUCAAGUCUCAAAGAUGGAAAUACCUGUGUAAUGCCUGACACACCCCCACCAACUCCUUUAGUACCAUGUCAAGGUAGUUCUGAAAGAAACCUAAGAAAACUAUCUAAGAAACUCAAGGGGGAAUUAGCAAAGGAAUUUGCACCCGCAACACCACCUUCUACACCGUACAAUCCGUCCGUUACUGGUUUGUCUGAAACUGAACAUGACUCUUUGGAAAAUGAGGAAUUUAUGCUGAAACUCAUGCGGUCACUUUCUGAAGAAGUGGAAAGUAGUGAAGAUGAAGAUCAUUCUGAAAUGCCCCUUGAGAAAGAAGAGCAUUCCGAAAAAACAAUUCAAUAUGCAGAUGGCUUAGCUAGCCAUAUAAUUUCAAUAGCAACUGAAAUGGCUGCUUCCCAUUUAGGUGGUAAAACAAAUGACAGAGAAGCUGAUAGGCAGGUUCAGUUAGGUAUGCAAAACCAAAGAUGUGGAUAUACUGCAUUUAUAAAUAUCCCAGAAGAGACAUGCAAUUCUUUAUGGAAUUAUGCAGGGGAUAUGGCAGGAAAAGUCAUCAGUGAGGCCAAGAAAAUAGUGAAAUCAAGGCAUUGUAAACUGUUGAGGUUGAAGCGGGUUAACUGUCAGGUGGAUUGCCUUUAUCUGAGAAAAGGCGAUAAAGAUUAUAGUUCAAAAGAAUGGUGUGGUCCAGCGCGGGACCAGUGGCCAGGGGAGAGAGAUUCAUCUGUACUUCCUUUACCACAAGGUUCGGGCAUGACAGGUUUGACUUCCAAAUACCCAAGCUGUGAAAGUGUGACUGACGAAUACGCAGAUCAUAUUAUUCGAGUUUUGAAAAGAGAAGGUGGUAAUGCUGAACUGUUAAUGGAUCAGUAUGCUAGCAGACUUGCUUACAGGUCUAUCAAAUCAGGCUUACAGCAAGCUGCUAGAAAAAACAAGUUGAGAUGCAACAGAAAGACAUUUCCUGGGCAAAAUGCACAGGUAAAUGGUAAGCUGGAGCUGAUCAAAGCAGUGAAGAAAGAUGCAGUACAGCAAGUGAAAAGCAGCAUUCAUCGCUGUGAAGACCAAAUGUAUGAAAGGAAUAUUGGCACACAGAGAACAGAAUGCACAGAGCUGUUACAUUUUUCAGACUCCCUUGCUCGCAGUAUCACUUGUGAUGUCAGGAAGAAAUUGAAAAUGUCGGGACCAUGUUUGCCAAAGUCUCUAACAGAUUCCUGUCUAUAUAAAAAGACUGAAUUUGAUGAAGUCACAGGGGAUCUUAUUAAAACAAGGUUUUCUAGGGCAUUUCUUCCUUUCUCCCCAGAUCAUAAACUGUAUCAUAGUACAGGCAGUUUAAAUGAAAAUGGCUACAGUGAAGGCAUAAUUCAUGCUAUAGAACAGUAUGCUAGGAAAGUAGCAGAUGAUACUCUAGAAAUGAGUUUAGAGUCGGCUGUUCUCCAUGUGCCUGAAAACAGAAGAAAUGGGGAUAGGCUCUCAUAUACUGAGAAACUGUCUCCUUUUUCUGGAACUGUCUGUAGACGCUGCAGUAUGAAGGAACACAGGUACUGUACAGAAAGUACGUCUCAUCAUCUACCCGCGCAAGAAACCUCCAAUCCAGUGAGGCAUUUUCUUCAUUCUGGAUUAGGUGGCGCCUGUCAAAAAUCAAGAGUGUUUCAGCUUGAUAUUCCUAAAAUUCACGUUGAUGUAGAACAGAAGACAGUGCUUUCUGACAAGGGGGCUACUGCAGCCAUAGAGAAAGCAGAAGGAGAGCUGAGUUACACAAGUCUGACAGCUGACAGUGGUAUUGGACAAGAUGGAGUCAGUUUUGCUGAAAGCCUUACUACUGAAAUAAUGACAUCAGCUAUGACUAAUAUUGGUCAGGCAGUUAACAUAAGCUCUGUUGGAAGAGAAGGAUUUCACUCUGUUGAAUCUGUUGUUAGCCAGCAGAUGAGUCUUAGUAUUGGUGAUGAUAGCACUGGGAGCUGGUCCAAUCUAAGUUUUGAAGAUGAACAUCCUGAUGAGAGCAGCAGUUUUCUUCACCUCAGUGACAGUAAUGGUAACAGCAGUAGCUGGAGCAGUCUUGGUUUAGAAGGGGAUAUGUAUGAGGAGAAUUUAUCCUUUCCAACAUCAGACAGUGAUGGAACAGAAGAUAAAGAUGAGGACUCCAAGGAUGCUGUAGAAGGUUUGGAGCAAGUACGAAAGACUUUAGCAAUAGUGAAUAUUGAUCUGGAACCAAAUCUAGUGGACCCCCAGCUCCGAGCAGCACUCCAGUGGCUGUCAGCUUCUGAAACAGAGGUGUCUGAUCUUCACUUUCACGACACUGCUACAAGGGAAUUUGUCUUUCUUUCCAGAAGACUGCGAGAAAGAGAUUGGAAAGUUGGAGAUCUCUUGCAAGCAGUGCUGAAAUAUUGUGAAAUGAUAGAGAAGGCGUCUGAUGGAGAGCAAGCUCUAAAUAAGUCUUUGGUUGGCUGGCUUCUGGAAAAUGUCUGA